AAAAAAAAAAUUUUUGACUGUCACGGCAUAUCACCGUGCAGAGCUCGCGUCGUCCCCGUGCCCGUACGCCGGCCGGGAAGCAUGCACAGCGACGCGAGCCAACGGCGACACAGCAACAACUCGCGCUGCUCCCCGUCGCCGGCCCGCCUUUGGUAGUCUCACCCAAGUCGCCCCCUACCGUGUCCGGUGAGACGUAAAGGUCCGACGCAAGACGACAGUGGCCUCCCUGGCGUCGCUCUCUCGCCUCCUCCUUCUCUCGCCCGGAGAGCUUUGCCUUUUCGCAGCGAAAGCACGGCUUUUUGACCGGACUGGACCAGGAACGAAUCGUUCUUUCCUUUUUUGGGAAAGGAUGCAUGCACUGCCCUGCAUGUUUGGAAGUAUUUUUUUUCUGCGCAAUUCCUAGGAGUCUUCGAUGCUCGCUCGAAGUCGUAGCCUUGGGUGCAGUCGCUUUCAAGCUUCGAGAAGAUAGAGAGCAGUGGCGAUUUGUGGAGCAGGGUUUUGAAAUAGGAGAGGCGCAGUGAGGCAAGUGGAAGAGCACUCAGUUGCGUGCUUUGCAUGGAAGGUAGGGAGGGCAUUGUGUCGUCGAGGUGCGAAGGAGGAGGAGGAUGGGGAGUUCCGCCGGCGGCGCCACCUUCAGGCGGGGUCGCACCGCCCGAAGGGACUGGCUUUACGACUGGAGUGGUCGGAAGCGGCGACGGGGUAGAAGUCAGCGAUGGAGACCUCGCGGCGGUGAAGAAGAGGGGAAGGCCUAGAAAGUACGUCCCUGAUGGCCUGGCCCUGGUGCCGUCCCCCACCGCUGGCUCUGCCUCCCCUUUCUCCCCUGGUUCUGGUUCCUCCGAAGCCAAACGAGGUAGAGGAAGGCCACGCGGCUCCGGCAACCGCCAACUCCUUGCGGCUCUCGGAGAAUACUUCACUGUCUCGGCCGGAGGGGGCUUUACACCCCAUGUUGUGACCAUUGACACAGGGGAGGAUGUCAUUGCGAGAAUUCGUUCCUUCUCAGAGAAGGGUCCACGGACUACCUGCAUACUAUCUGCAAAUGGAGCUGUCUCCAAUGCUACCUUGCACCAGCAGGGUUCUUCUGGGGGUACCUUUACUUAUGAGGGUCGAUUUGAGAUUCUUUCUCUGUCUGGAUCAUUCUCGAACGCUGCUACUGGGGGUGUGCGAAGUAGAACUCACUCGAUAAAUGUAUCACUUGCAGGACCUGAUGGCCGUGUUAUUGGCGGAGGAGUUGCUGGUUUGUUGCUAGCUGCUAGUCCAAUUCAAAUGAUUGUUGGAAGCUUCAAGCCAAACGCUUUCAAGAAUCAACAAGCAAAACUCAGCCAGUCAACAGCUGCAAAGCCUACUUCUCAGGCCAACCUCGACGAUGACUGUGACACCCCCACCUCAGCCUUACCCAAACAACCAUUCGCAGAGAAUAGAAUGUCUGACCCUACGGCAAGCACUACUCUCCGUCCAACAAGCUGGCAUGGUCUGCAUUCUCCAGAGCACAAGGUUUCCCCUGACAUUAACAUACGUCUACAUGGAGAAUAAGGCUGUGGCACUUUUGACAAAUCACACUGCUUUAACAUGAUCUAAGUGUCUUAUUUCUCAGAUGUUAGGAUAGGUAAAGGUCGGCAGUUAGCCAUUACUGAGAACAUUGUUGCUCCCAAAUGUUUUGCUUUGGAUUGUAUUUUCUACUUUA